CUAAAUAUGUAUAACGUGUGUAUUCUCCAGAUUUUAACUGUUGCUCUAUCAUUUUCGUGUAAACUGCAAAAUUGGAAUCCACUAACUGACAACCACGUGGCAGCUCUAAUCUUAGCGAGAGGUGGUUCUAAAGGGAUUCCGUUAAAGAAUCUAGCCAAAAUCGGAGACCAUUCGAUUUUAAACAUAACUUUAAAUACUGUAUUACAAGUGGAUUUCUCAUCAGUAUGGGUGUCCACUGAUAAUGAACAUAUUUUUAAAGAAGCCGCUUACGUAAAUGUACACUGGAGAUCAAAAGAAUCGGCCACAGACGACGCACCCUCCAUUUUAGGUGUGUUAGAUUUUAUCCGCAGCCAUCCUGAAGCUGAUGUAAUUGCUUUAAUACAGUGUACUUCACCAUUUAUUAAAAAAUGGUAUUUAAUGGAGGCAAUAUGGUGGAUUAAUCAAGGUGCAGAGUGUGUUUUCUCUGUUAGCAGGCUAGAAACUAGGAACCAUCCGUCGAACGAUUAAUUUAACGUUUUCUCGACACUUCAUGACUUGUAGAGAAUGAAAAAAUAGAUCUUCCUUUUCUGUCUGUCUUAGAACUCUGUAUUGAUUUUUUACUCUAGAAAUCCAGAUUUUUGAAAAAAUCAAAAUACUAUAACAACAUUGUAAAAUUUAACGUUCAAAGUACAGAAACAAAUGCUCUGAAAAUAUUUUUUAGCAUUUUGUAUACAGGAUGACUCAAAAAAAUUAUUGAAUGAGACAAUUUAUAUUAUUAAUUAUUAGUAUUACCCCGCGCUAUCCAAACUGAUAUGCAAAAAAAAAGAUAAGCUGAUACUGAAUUUUAGGGGAGAAGGAAGUUCUGUCUAAAUAACCUUAAACCAAUUUUUUAUGACUGGUGGAUGAGAAACAUAAUUUUUCCAGGUGUUUCCAGAAUACCCACCAGUUUUUAAUUUUUUCUUAAAGAUUUUUUGGUCUUGUUAAUUUUGAAUUUCUAGUGUCUACAUUAUUAAGCACUUUGUCACAGUUAAGUCACUUCACAGAUCUUUUCAUUUACGGUGGUUAGAAACCGAAGAAGGCGUACAACCCCUCAAUUUUAACAUUGAAAAGCGACCC